CUUCCUCCCUCAGAUACGUCGAUGAUCACUACUCCAAAGAAUGUCAACUAUGCCAUCAUUUCUCUCUCCCUCUCUAUAUAUAAUAUCAACCUAAAUUACUACCACAAACACAAUAACAAGAAACAAUUAGGAGGGAAAAAAUAAAAAAAUUCAAAACCUAGAAAGACAAAAAGCGAGAAGAAUUCUUUUCCAUGAAUUCUUCUAUUAGGGCUGCAAAACUUCUCCAUGUUCUAGCAGCCACGGCCUUCCUCUUCGCCGCAGCGUCGGCCGGGAACUUCGACCAAGACGUCAGCAUCACGUGGGGCGGCCCCCGUGCCCGGAUACUCAACGGCGGUCAGCUUCUCACGCUGUCGCUCGACAACAUCUCCGGCUCCGGCUUCGAGUCCAAAAAUGCAUACUUGUUUGCUAGGUUCGACGUGCAGCUCAAGCUCGUACCGGGGAACUCCGCCGGCACCGUCACCACGUUUUUCUUAUCGUCUCAAGGCCCGAAUCACGAUGAAAUCGACUUCGAGUUCUUGGGAAACUCGUCCGGGCAGCCCUACACCAUCCACACCAACAUUUAUACCCAAGGAGUAGGGAAUAGGGAGCAACAAUUCCGCCCUUGGUUCGACCCAACCACCGCAUUCCACACGUACACUAUUCUCUGGAACCCUAGUCGCAUAAUCUACAUGGUGGACAACAUCCCGAUUAGGGUUUUCAACAACUACGCGGCGAACGGGGUCUCGUUCCCGGCGGGGCAGGCGAUGAGGGUGUACGCGAGCCUGUGGAAUGCGGACGACUGGGCGACGCAGGGCGGCAGGGUGAAGACGGAUUGGAGCAAGGCGCCCUUCACGGCGUCGUACGCGAAAUACAACGCCGUGGGCUGCGUGGUGAGCGCCGCCGGCAACUCCUGCAACGGAAAUUUGACCGGACAGCCAUGGCAGACGCAGGGGCUCGACGGAAAUGGACGGAACCGAAUUCGAUGGAUCCAACAGAAGUAUAUGAUCUACAACUACUGCGCCGAUCUUAUAAGGUUUCCUCGAGGCCUUCCGAGGGAAUGCAAGUUGCCGAGGUUUUAGGUUUCGAGAUUUGACUGCGAGUUUUCCGGCCGCCGUGGAUCAUCCAUGCUCGAGUUUUCACUUUAAUUUGGAAAAAAUAAAAAUAAAAAUUGUUGAUUGAUUUGAAUAUGUAUAAAAUAAGAGGUACCUGAUUAGGUAAACAGCAAAGGCAAAUUAAUGUGGGAACUGAUUUUUUACUUUAUUUUGGUUCUGGAAUGAGAAUUGGAUUUGUAAUGUUGUUUCAA